AUGGAACAGAAUAGUUGCGGAGCUAGAAGGAAGAGUUAUGGUGCUCCUACUGGGGUAUGGAAGAACCCUUAUGGUUUCGUGAGUACUAUUUAUGUUAAUAAAUGUCGUGUGUAUGGUCCCUUGAGGAAGACUGUUGAAGCCGCUACCCGUGAUAGGGAGGCCUUACUCAGCGUUAAGGAUAUUAUUACCUCUAUUGAAGACAUGAAGGCCUUCGUGAGAGACUUGCUCAAACCCAACAAGCAAGGUGGCAUUGUUGUAUACCCUGGUGGUGUUGAUACCAACUUGCCUCGUAAUAAUGCUUGCCAACGAAGAAACAGAGGGAGAAAGUCUCUGUCCGACAAAGCUCCUAUUUUGUCACAAACCCAGUGUACGUCGUCCCAUCAGUCGUGUAACAUCAAUGACGAGCUCAUAAACAUUUAG